GGCUUCAGUUUAUGUUCAUCACAACAGUAACUGACAGUAGAUCCCAAUGUAUUUUGCAAAACGAAACCAAAUCUUACUAAUUGAGAAAAAGAAGACGGAAUAAAAUAAGCUGCUGGGCUAGCCAGGUUAUACAUCUUGAACAAUCAGGUUCUUAAUAGCGUCAAGACGCAGUGAAUGUCAGCUCAGCAGCAGCUGAGAUCAGAGGUGGUUCUAAUUUGGAAUGGAGAAACCUCACUGUCAACACCCGUCUUCUACAUGCAGCCGGUAUAGGUAAUCCUGUGAUGGGGAUGCCGGUGUAGACCACGCCAUGGCCCAUUUUGACACUGAGUACCAACGCCUGGAGGCGUCCUACAAUGACUCUCCACCGGGAGAGGAGAAUCUGCUGGUCCAUGUUCCAGAGGGAUCGAAAUCUCAAUGGCACCAUAUAGAGAACCUGGACCUCUUCUUCCAGAGAGUUUAUAAUUUGCACCAGAAGAAUGGCUUCACAUGUAUGCUGCUUGGAGAGAUAUUUGAACUUGUGCAAUUGGUGUUUGUUGUUGCCUUCACUGUAUUUCUGGCAAACUGCGUGGACUAUGAUAUCCUCUUUGCGAACAAAAUGGUGAACCAUACGGACUCUUCCAAAGUGACUCUUCCAGAUGCAUUUCUGCCCGUAGACGUGUGUAGUGCCAGGAUCCGUGAUAAUGUUUUUGUCAUUUUCAUCAUGGUGAUCUCCGGAGUCUUCUGGCUUCAUAGGCUUAUCAAAUUCAUCUAUAACAUUUGCUGCUACUGGGAGAUCCGCUCGUUCUACACCAGUGCACUGAAGAUGUCUAUGGCGGAUUUGCCGUAUUUUACCUGGCAGGAGGUUCAGGCGCGCAUCGUGGAGAUCCAGAAGGAGCACCAGAUCUGCAUCCACAAGAAGGAGCUGACGGAGCUGGACAUCUACCACCGCAUCCUGCGCUUCAAGAACUACAUGGUGGCCAUGGUCAACAAGUCCCUGCUGCCCGUGCGUUUCCGCCUGCCCGCGCUGGGCGACGUCGUCUUCUACACGCGCGGGCUCAAGUACAACUUCGAGCUCAUCUUCUUCUGGGGCCCCGGCUCCCUGUUCGAGAACGAGUGGAGCCUGAAGCCGGAGUACAAGCGCGGCGGGAACCGGCUGGAGCUGGCCGACAAGCUGAGCUCGCGCAUCCUGUGGAUCGGCGUGGCCAACCUGCUGCUCUGCCCCGUCAUCCUCAUCUGGCAGAUCCUGUACGCCUUCUUCAGCUACACGGAGGUGAUCAAGCGGGAGCCGGGCAGCCUGGGCGCGCGGUGCUGGUCGCUGUACGGCCGCUGCUACCUGCGCCACUUCAACGAGCUGGACCACGAGCUCAUGUCGCGCCUCAGCAAAGGAUACAAGGCCUCCUCCAAGUACAUGAACUGCUUCAUGUCGCCGCUGUGCACGGUGGUGGCCAAGAACGUGGCCUUCUUCGCCGGCUCCAUCCUGGCCGUGCUCAUCGCCCUCACCAUCUACGACGAGGACGUGCUGGCCGUGGAGCACGUGCUCACCAGCAUCACCCUGCUGGGCGUCUGCAUCACCAUCUGCAGGUCCUUCAUCCCAGACAAACACCUGGUGUUCUGCCCAGAGCAGCUGCUGAAGGGGAUCCUGGCGCACAUACACUACAUGCCUGACCACUGGCAGGGGAGCGCCCACCGCUACGAGACCCGCGAUGAGUUCUCCCAGCUCUUUCAGUACAAAGCCGUGUUCAUCCUGGAGGAGCUGCUCAGUCCGGUGAUCACGCCCUUCAUCCUCAUCUUCUGCCUCCGCCGCAAGUCGCUGGAGAUCAUCGACUUCUUCCGCAACUUCACCGUGGAGGUGGUUGGGGUGGGAGACACCUGCUCCUUCGCCCAGAUGGACGUCCGUCAGCACGGACACCCUGCGUGGAUGUCAGCGGGGAAGACGGAGGCCUCCAUCUACCAGCAGGCGGAGGACGGGAAGACGGAGCUGUCCCUCAUGCACUUCGCCAUCACCAACCCCCAGUGGCAGCCGCCGCGCGAGAGCACGCACUUCAUCAGCCAGCUGAAGGAGAAGGUGCAGCGCGAGGCCAUCGGGGGGCAGCAGGGAGCCCUGGCCGAUAAUCACAUCUUCACCUCCAUCCAGUCCAUCCAGUCAGAGUCUGAGCCUCACAGCCUGAUUGCUAACCUCCUGGUGGGACCUCCAUCCCUGGCAUCCCUGCAUUUGGGGAGGGACGGCUCAGUGGCCAAUCACACGUCAGGCGUGGGCGUGGGUGGCGGCUCAGUGGCCAAUCACGCGUCAGGCAUGGGCGGGAGCGACGCGGCUUCGGCCCUGCGCUCCCUCUCUCCUCUCAGCACCAGCCAGCACCUCCGCGGGAGCUUCACCUCCAGCCGCCCGUCCCGCAGUGACACCACCGGGGGCAGAGCCAUGGCAGGGUCAGGCACUGAUGCCCGGACGGCCAGCUCCGGCAGCAGCGCGUGGGAGGGUCAGCUGACCAGCUUGGUCCUGUCGGAGUACGCCUCCACGGAAAUGAGCAUCCACGCCCUCUACAUGCACGAGCUCCACAAGCAGCAGUCGCGGGGCGAGCUGUCCCGCCACACCUGGCACAGGGAGGACAGCGACGAGAGCAGCGAGAGCGCCCCGGACGACGGCGACGCCCCCCGCGGCCUCCCGCGCUCCAACACCUUCCCCCGCGCCGCCGCCGCCCACCAGGAGGAGGCGCCGCUGCAGAGCAGCGCCCAGCGCCGCUAUGGGGGAACCAUAGACUCACUCGGAGGGGGGCCUAGGACUGCCCCGAGACAGUCCCGCCUCCCCAUGGGUGGCUGGGCUGAGGAGGCCCAGGCAGGGAGGCACCAUGACCCUGUCCCAGAGGAGGGCUCUGAGGACGAGCUCCCACCACACAUCCACAAGGUGACAUAACUGACAAACAGGACUUUUUCCAUUUAAUAUUUAAGUAAGAAGGAUUCGCUGCUACCUUCCUCAGACAAACAUCCCCCCUUUCAAAACGUAGACCCAUUUAAAACAAUGAUUGUACUAUACCCAGGAAAUCUUAACGUUGCUUUUUGGCAUUCUUUCUCCCAUCUCAUAAGACACUGGAAAAAAUCCUUAUUUUUCAUCACAACAGAGAAGCAGGCUGAACAUGUUCUGUACAGACGAAUGGACGCUGCUCUCUGUGACUCGAGACAUGCAGCCUGACUUCAGUGCCAAACGAGACAAAGUCAAUGUCAAUACAGUGCUCUUCUUUCUAAGUCUUUUUCCCCCAAACUACAGUGACAUAUAGUGGAAACUGAAGGACAAAGGAAACUAAUAACAUCCUGCUCAAACCAUAACUGCUGUGUCUCGUCUGCUUACAUUGGGCUAUAUCUUGUGACCAAACCGCUAAAACCCAUUGAAUAAUGCAUCCAGUUUAGGUCAGUGCAUCUGUUUAUGGUUUGUACUGAGGAGCUUAACCAAGGAAUAAUUAACUAGGACCAGAUUCAUAUUAAUUGCACAUUGAACUUAAUCCUUAAAUUUGAGUAACAAAUUAUACGAAACUCUGGCUUUUUUUAUUUUUGUGUAUGAGAUAUGAAUUAGGUAGUUGCAGAACUACGUGAACAAGACUAGGCAAGCCAGGUUCGGCUGGGCCCUGGAUACAGCCUGUGGGGAACAUAGUCUGUCAGAAACAGGAACCUUUGACCCAUCAAUUUUGUCCCUCAGGAUCCGGCAAAAAUGAUGUACAAGAAUAGACAGAAUGUUAAAACCUUGACUAAAUAUGUUACACAAAUUUAAGGACAGAGAGGCACUAGGGUUAGAGUGAGUGAGCCAGUGUGUGUUUCCUACCAGAUUGUGACUAGGAACAUCGGAGGAAGGUGUAAAUUAUACAACACAUUUUGUCCCAGUCAUUCAGACUCCGUCCAAAUGAAUGUGCUCUGUUCCCAUUGUAAUAAUACAUACUGCAUUCUAUCUCAAAAUUCACAAAUAUUUCUUGUCAACAAGGUAGCAGGGAGAAAAAAGAAUGUGCAAAUAAAAAAAUAUACGUUUAACAGUCCUGUCAAUUUAAGAAUGCAAAACAAUAGUUCUUAUUUUAUUAUCGGCUUGUUAGCAUGGAGGGUUGAAGAUAUUAUUGCUAUUGUUAGCAGGCUGGUACUGUGGCUGCCUGACAGCAAGCUUUUUUAUAGUAAGGGAAUUGAACACUGAUAAUGAGAAGCAAUCACAGUAGCACUUUAUUACACCUGAAAUUCUUCAGAUAGUUUGUUUUCUUAUUUGCAAUAAAAUCAUUUUAAUAUUGAACCCUUCUGGUGAUAUGACAGCUCAGACCCAUUUUGGUAAAGAAAUACUCCAAGUGUACUCAUGACACAAUAUUUAUGUUUAUGAAAUUAAGACUGUACCCCUCUCCUCAGCAUGUAUCUUAUUUGGCAAAGAGCACUGAUUUUAACAUUUAUGAAUGUGCCAUAUUAAGCCAGGAAGCAUUAUAAAAUGGCCCUCAUCCUGCAAAGGUUUUAUGGUGAAGGGCACACUAGUCUGGAUUGUGAGCCAGUAAGACACUGUAAAAUAUCCCAGCAAAAUGCUAGUAAAGAUAACCUUCUGCACUUAAUGCGCAUGUUCCUGGCUGUUUGCACCUGUUUAAAAUAAUGCACUUUACUUUACAUUUUUAAUAUCCAAAGGAUAUCUAUUAUGAAUGAUCUUUGGUUGUUAAAUUCUAAACUUUUUGUGUAGUUUGGUUAUGAUGUUUUAAUAACUUUUGUACCAAGGGGUGCGCCAUAUUUGAGGUUUUGUAGUUAGAAUUGGUUUUGGAGUAUCAUGGUCUUGUAUGUUCAGUAGGAUAAAAGCACAGAAGAGUGUUUUGGAUUGCUUCAGAAUGUAAAGGCUUAACAUCCAUUUUCAGCACUGUAAAAAGAAUAUGCAAUAUUUCAAAGCAACUUGCUUCGGAUAAUUUUGUAUUUUUAAGCUUAACUAUUUAAGUCAUUAUGGCAACUAGAAUUCAUUAGUCAUUUUGUUCAAAACUUUUGUUAAGUUUUUCUAACUAUUAAAUGUAUGUUUUCUGAACUAAUGAAUGUUAGUUGGCAUAGUCUUAACUCAAAAUUUUAAAAUCUAAGCUGAAUACUAACAAAAAUUAUUGAAGCAAUUGCUGUCUUGAAAUAUUGAGCAUUCAGAACAUUUUUUUACAGUGAGAUUACACAAACCGUAUCCUUUUAUGGUGCAGUUUGCUUUGAGGAAAAUGUAAAGUUAAUUCUUUUCUUUUUCAUUGCAAUGUGCACUCUCUACUGACAGGUCAUGGGAAAGUAUGCGUUGUGUACAUAGAUGAAAACAUGCCUCACAGAGAUUGGUGUGCUUUACUUCAUUUACUGCAAAAACCUUACCAAAUGUUAUCACAGGGAAGAGUUUGUCCUGGUCCAACUCUUGUUAGCUGAAGAUAGAAGAGUGUAUGAGGAUCAUGUGAGGCGUGGUAGUCACUCAUUCCAGAUAUGUUAAACCACUCUUCGUGGAGCUCUUUGAAACAUAAUGUUCAGAACUGUACAGAUUAAUUCCCUAUGUACAGCCCAGUUUUCUCACAGACAUACUCUGUGUUGAACUCAACUUCUCUGUGUGUUGUGUAGAAUGAUGCCCAAAUACAUGCAUGCCCUUUCUCCUUUAGCCCACAGUGGUAGUACAUGCUCAAAUACCACAUACCUUGUCAUCCCCAAGCAUAAUCUUCAUGGUUUGCGUGAGUCUCAGUAGAACUGUGCAUACUUUGUUCUGUUGUUUUUGUUUUAUAGACUGAAGUUAUGUAUGAUAUAUUUUGUACAGUUGUAAAGCCAUUAAUAAAAUGUAUUUAAUAAGUUAA